GAACUAUUUUACCUCAUAGAGGAUGUUUCUGCUACAAACUGAGCAGACAUGGAAGCUGUACUUGGACUGCUGUUACUUCUACUGGGAGUAAGUCACGGUGAGGAAACUGACUGUGAUGGUAGAUAUGAUGGAGCUCAGUGUUAUGGACUUCUCGGAGGAACUGUGGUUCUCCGGCUGAUGGACAACGCCUCAGUUAUACCAGGAUAUGAUUGGAUAAAAGAAAAUAUUGUCAUUCUCAGACAGAGAAACAAUAUGGUUUUAUCUAAUGCCAUAGAGAGCAGAUCUCUGUUUGUUUCCUACAAUGGAACAUUUAGGAUCAAUAAUUUGAACAUGACUGACAGUGGUGAAUAUACACUAAUAACGUUUGAUUCAAAUGGACAAAAAACAGGAAUGAGGACUCUCCAAUUGUCUUUUAAAGAGCCAAAGGACCCUUUGAUAGUACUUUCUGCUGUACUCUCAGUGCUUUUAAUUUUCUUAAUUAUUGGUGCAGUAUUCAUCUUUAUUAAGAAGAAAAAUCAAAGCCACAAAGCAGAGGAAGACAGUGACCAAGAAUUGACCUAUGCUGAAGUCAGUGUGGUGCAACCACAGGGGAGGCAGGUGAAGCAAAAGAUGGAAGUGGAGGUGGAGUAUGGCCAAGUGAAGUUUUCAGAGCAGCCUAAGUAGACCGAAACUGUGGAAAAAAAACUGUUUACACAAUGGUCACAUCAGCCUGGAAAGGCUGAUAAUUUGAAGUGUUCAACAGAGGUGAUUAAAUUAUCAC